AUGAAAAGCAGGGGACUCAUUUCACCUCUGUUUAAAGCAUGCAAGGACGGGAAGAACGUCGCUCAGUUACACGCUUAUAUCCUGAAGACCGGCCUCAUUCAUGACAGCUUCUUUGCUACGAAGAUCAGCGCUUCCUAUAUAAAUUACUUCUCUCUUAGUUGUGCUUGGAAAUUGUUCGACGAAACGCCUCAUCGAAGUGUCUAUCUAUGGAACUCCAUCCUCAGAGGCUACUCCAGAGAAAAGCAGUGGAAUACUACCAUCCAUCUCUUCCAUCAGAUGUUAUGUUCAACCAAUAUUACUGCUACUGGAAAUGUAAAACCCGAUAAUUUUACUAUAUCCAUUGCCUUGAUGGCUUGCACUAAAUUAUCAGCCAUUCAGAUGGGUAGGGCAAUUCAUGGGUUGGUCAACAAGAGUGAAAAGAUUGGUUUGGACAUGUUUGUCGGUUCUGCAUUGAUUGAAUUCUAUGUAAAGCAUGGUGGAAUGGAUGAUGCUUUGCGGGUAUUUGACAACUUUCCUCGGCCGGAUGUUGUUCUCUGGACAUCUAUGGUUACUGGUUAUCAGCAGAGUGGCAAUGCAGAAAUGGCAGUAUCGUUCUUCUCCCGGAUGGUAGUGAUGGAAGGUGUCAAUCCUGAUCCUGUUACUCUUGUUAGUGUUGUGUCUGCUGGUGCACAAUUGCUGAAUGUUGAAGUUGGGAGAUGUGUUCAUGGUUUUAUGAUCAGGAUGGGAUUUAAUGCUCACUUAUGUUUGGUUAAUUCCAUUUUGAAUUUAUAUGCAAAGACAGGUUCUGUUAAUAAUGCAAGGAAUUUGUUUAUGAAGAUGCCGCAAAAAGAUGUGAUUUCAUGGAGUACCAUGAUUGCCUUUUAUGCUCAGAAUGCUGAGGCCACUGACUCCUUAGAUCUUUUUAAUGAGAUGAUUGAGAAGGAAGUUGAACCCAAUUCAGUUACCGUGGUUGGUGCUUUACAAGCGUGUGCAUCGGCUUGUGAUUUAAAAGAAGGUAGGAAAAUCCAUGAGAUUGCUAUUCAGAAAGGUUUUGAAUUAGAAGUUUCGGUUUCAACUGCUCUAGUUGAUAUGUACAUGAACUGUUCAUGCCUUGAAGAAGCAGUUGAUCUCUUCAAAAGGAUGCCCAAAAAGGAUGUCGUGUCUUGGGCUGCUUUAAUAGGUGGAUUUGCUCAAAAUGGGCUGGCAAACAAGUCUAUAGGGAUCUUCUGCACUAUGUUGUAUAGCAAAAUUCGGCCGGAUGCAGUUAUUAUGGUGAAGAUUCUCACGGUUUCAUCAGAAUUAGGGAAUCUUCAUCAAGCUCUAUGCCUCCAUGGUUUCUUGGUUAGUAGUGGCUUUGAUGAUAGAGUUUUUGUUGGGGCUGCACUCAUAAAAUUGUAUUCUAAAUGUGGUAGCAUAGCUGAUGCUAUCAAGGUUUUUGAGAGAAUGAGUGAAAGAGAUGUCACUGUUUGGAGUUCAAUGAUUGCAGGCUAUGGAAUUCAUGGCCUAGGAAGGGAAGCCCUUGAAAUAUUUGAUCAGUUGAUUGAGACCACAUUGCUUAGGCCCAACAGAGUGACUUUCCUCUCAGUGUUGUUUGCAUGUAGUCAUUCUGGUUUGGUGGGAGAAGGGAUUAAGAUCUUCGAAAAAAUGGUGCAUGAGUAUGGGAUCAAUCCCAGUUUGGAGCAUUACAGUGUCGUGGUCGAUCUUCUUGGCCGCACUGGGGAAUUAGAGAAGGCACUGCAGCUCAUCGAUCAGAUGCCAGAGCCAGCUGGGCCCCACGUGUGGGGAGCCUUGCUUGGCGCUUGUAGGCUUCACCACAAUGUCAAGAUAGGGGAGAUUGCAGCUAAAAGUCUCCUCCGGCUGGAUCCUGACCAUGCUGGAUAUUAUGUGUUAUUAUGUAAUAUAUAUGCUGAGGAUGGGAAAUGGCAUAAUGCAGCUGCCAUUAGAACUCUAAUAAAGGAAAAAGGGUUGAAAAAGAUGCCUGGUUAUAGUUCCAUUGACAUUGGAAAGGAGCUGCACCCUUUCUUAGCUGUCUGAUGAGAAAGAAUUUUGCUAAAGUGAGUUAGAAUGUGAAAAUGAGACAGUAGGGAUUUGUUUCUGAUCUGGAUCUUUUGCUGCAUGGCUCAGAUGAGUUUUCAUGGCAUCAUGUUUGGAAUUGAAAAUCCGUUUUUUGCAGUGAUUCAAAACAGGGGCUGACCUGGACAGCUGCCUAUGAAGCCGAAGCUGAGUUAACCAUGGAUUCAUGGUUCAGGUAAGGCCAUGUUGUUCCUUUAUUUGAUAAAUGUGACUAGUUCAAUUGA